ACAGGUACACUACAUCCGGGUAACCGCUGGGGUCCUAACAGCGCGGGGGAAUAAAGCGUUCGCUAAAUAAUCCGAGCAGUAUGUCUGGAAGAGAAGGAGGUAAAAAGAAACCCCUCAAGGCUCCCAAAAAGCAGUCGAAGGAUAUGGAUGAUGAGGACAUGGCUUUCAAACAGAAACAGAAAGAGGAGCAGAAAGCAAUGGAACAGUUGAAAGCCAAGGCUUCUGGAAAAGGACCUUUAACUGGAGGUGGAAUCAAGAAAUCUGGGAAGAAGUGAAUGUGUAUAUUUUCUUGCCUUUUCAACCAACUCAACUUGGGUCCACAGUGGCGACGUAAAAUUUAUUUUUGUUCGUUUAUAUUUCUCUUGUAAAGGAAUAAAGUUUGUAGUGACUGUACAUUUCGAUUUUUAGAUGUUUAAUAUCUUUGUGAAAUGUUGACAGUCAAAGCUCAUGAAAAAGAACUACAACAUUGAAACAUUUCAAGCAGAUUUCAGUAUCAUGUACAGAUCACAAAAGUGUUAAGCUUAUCCAUCUGAUCUCUGGAGUCGCACUUUUCUUGUCCACGAAUGUUCCAUCUCACAAUAUCAUCUUUGUUCAACCUAAACAACAACAAAAAAAUUGAUAUUUAAUUUUUGAUGUAUAGUAUCAGUCAUUGAGCUGCUCUUCAUGUGUCUUACGUUGACGUUUAAGCUGUUUUCGGUUUUUCUUCAGUUCCACUUCUACUGGAUAGUGGUCACUCACUUUCAGCGCCUGUGAAGACAUUAAAUCUGUGUUAUAAAACUCUAUAAGCUACAGUUCGGUAAUAACUUGUGUCUUUAUGGUAAGUCUGAUUAAAUAUCAAUUCAAAUGUAAAA